AUGUCUGACAACAGCACAGAUUACCGUUUGGGGGUGAAUCUUACCCUAGAGCCAGUUUCCCGUGGGGGAAAUCUUACUCUAGAGCCAGUUUUCCGGGGGGAGGAUUUUAAGGGGAAAGCCUAUUCUACAAGACCUGUACUGUACGGAAAUAAUGAGAUACCAGAAUCAACCCUAAAGACUUUGUUUGAAAGAGACAUUGAGGAAUUGGAAGCGAUUGACAUUUCUAGUUUAAAGGAGAUUAACCAUGACAAAAGAAGAUCUAACAUUCGAAGUACCAGAGAGUUAUCACCAACAGAACUCAGCUUGUCAGCAUUUGGGGAGGAUUAUCAAUUACAAGUAUCUAAACCGGAAUCCGUGUUGCACCCGGAAGUCAAGAUUGUUACCAGGAAUGACGACGGCGACCAAGAGUGGAAAGGAAUAAUUCCGGAUUGUUUCUUGGUCGGUCACGUGACUUCACAUAACGGCACUGCUUCCCUGUCACAUUGUGAAGGCUUGAAAGGAUCACUAACCACUCCAUCUGGAGAUUUCCAACUGAGAGAACUCCCCAAAGUUCACAACAAAGGACUCAAUUUCUCGGAUGAGGACUCUGUUCUUGUGGUUGGUAAAAUGAGACCACAGAACAACAUGGGAGGGGCAGGUGUAAAAGUCAAAGAUGACCAGAUAGGAAAACUAAAGGACAAAUAUAAAAGACAGACCACUACGAAGGAUGUCUUUGUUGAACUGGCAGUGUAUACUGACAGCAAAUACACAGAACGACUUCGAUUUAAGGACACUGCAAGGAGAAUGGAACUUAUCAUCGUUAAAUAUAACGGGGUACAGAUGGAAUAUUCUAGAUCAGAUGUUCUCGGCUACAAUGUUAAAAUCCAGAUUAAAUAUGUGGAAUUUUGGGAGAAAGAUCCGUCCUUUUACACAACCUAUUUUCACCUUGGAAAAACUAUGAAGUCAUUUUGUGAAGGCAUUCACAACAAUCCAGUUAAAUACGAUAUCUUCAUUAUGCAUAGCGGGAUGGAUCAAGCAGACUCUAAUGGCCGGGCAUAUCAGUCUUCUUCUUGUAAUCCAACUUAUCAUUGUGCUAUCCAAAGAGGUCCGAUACUAACACACACUGGUACAGCACACGAAUUGGGACAUAGUAUGGGAAUGUAUCACGACGGUGAAGUAGGAUGUACCGGAAGUGACAGGGGCGUGAUGGGAGGACAAGGGACAGGCUGGAGUUCCUGUAGUAUCAGAGACUUUGAUAAAUUUUUACAAAGUAAAGACGCUGAAUGCCUGUUUCGAGAAGAUGUUUCUACUGACACCUCCUACGGUCCCCUCACUCCAGGUCUCCCGGGUCAGAUGUACAGUAAGGAUGAAUUGUGUGAGCUGCGGUACGGCCCUAAUUUCCACUUCCGUAAUUUUUCUGUACUUGGGGAUUGCGAGUAUUAUCAUAGCUGUGUGGAUCUCAACGAAGGGAAUUUAUUUGGACAAUUAUUCACGACAAAAACGGGUACUCUUAUCGGAAUAUAUUGUGGCACAGGCAAAAUAUGCAUGAAACGACAAUGUCGGACUUUUGAAGAGCUCAAAAUGAAACCAGGCUUGGUAAGGCCCGGGGGAUGGGGACCGUGGGCAGAUUGGCGGCCCUGCUCCAGGACUUGUGGGACAGGGCUCACCUACAGGAGGAGAUUCUGCAACAAUCCAAGUCCUUUGAACCAUCCAGGCUGUGAAGGCGGAGAUGACAAUGGAUAUGAAGCCAGGACUUGUAAUCCUGGGCCCUGUCCUAAUGACAGUGCAGACAUAAAAACGCUUAUAAAUCAGCGGGCGUCUGAGACCUGCAGUAGAUUGUUAAAGAAUAACGUAUUAGAUUCUGAAAAGUACACAUCAGUAGGGAAACAAAUGGACUGGCGUGAUCACAUGAAAUGCGAAGUGUUUUGUGAAGCGGCAGCAAAUUACACAUCUCCAGAUUAUACAAGGUUUGGGUUGAUGCCCCAGGGUACUCCAUGUGAAGGACCCAAUGUUGUUUUGGAGAAAAACAAGCUUGGCAAGAGAACCUACAGAUGUUUGGAUGGCUUUUGCAGGUUUUUUGGCUGUAACGGUAAGCUUAACGCUGAAUAUGACGACUGUGGUGUUUGUAAUGGAGAUGGUUCUACGUGUAACGUAGUGGAAGGGAUUUAUAAAGAGACUAUUGCAAAAGCUUCAAGAAAAGUUAUAACUGAGAUACCUGUUGGAGCGUAUAACAUACAGUUCUGGUUUGAUUUUUCAAAAAUGCGUUGGAACCUAGUAGAAAUCUACAACAAAGAUGGACUUGCAAUUAUCUCUAGCUUGCUUAAAGGAGUUUGGGAUACGACAGAUAAUCCAUUAAAUUUCGCAGGAACGUAUUGGUCCUACGUUUUCUCGAAACAAUACGUGUAUGCGAAAGGCCCCAUCACUGAACCUAUCAUAGUUAAGCACUACCAAUAUCGAAACAAUAAAAAUACUGGCAUUAACUAUGCGUAUGCUUUACCCAAAUAUGCUAAGACUUGUCAAGGACAGUGUGCUAAUGGUGGAUUGUUUAACACAAAAAUCUGCUCCUGUGACUGUCCCAGGGGGUUUUAUGGAAAUGAAUGCACCAGUCGCUGUAACACCUACUGCUACAACGGUGCAACGGUUGAUCAAACCACCUGCGCAUGUCAUUGCAAGGAACACCAGACUGGAAGACAAUGUAAAUGUGAGGAAGGGUACGGCGGUGAAGACUGCAAAACUAAAAUAUAG